CCGCGCCGUGCCCCGCGCUCCUCCGCUCCGCGCCCCGCCGUCGAGAUGCUGCGCUGCGGCCUGGCCUGCGAGCGCUGCAGGUGGAUCCUGCCCCUGCUCCUGCUCAGCGCCAUCGCCUUCGACAUCGUAGCGCUGUCUGGCCGCGGCUGGCUGCAGUCCAGCGACCACACGCAGACGGCCUCGCUGUGGUGGCAGUGUCCCAGCGAGGGCGGCGGCACCGGGUCCCCCGAGCAGGGCUGCGAAACCCUCAUGCAGUAUGCGUGGGGAAGAGCUGCAGCUGCCAUGCUUUUAUGUGGCUUCAUCAUCCUGGUCAUCUGCUUUAUCCUGUCCUUCUUUGCCCUCUGUGGACCCCAGAUGCUCAUCUUCCUGCGAGUGAUUGGUGGACUCCUAGCCCUGGCCGCCGUGUUCCAGAUCAUCUCUCUGGUGAUUUACCCAGUGAAGUACACCCAGCAAUUCAACCUACAUGCUAACAUUGCUGUCACCUACUACUAUAACUGGGCCUAUGGCUUCGGUUGGGCAGCCACAAUCAUCCUCAUUGGCUGUGCCUUCUUCUUCUGCUGCCUUCCCAACUAUGAAGACGACCUCCUGGGCAAUGCCAAGCCCAGGUACUUCUACUCAUCUGCCUAA